CUCUACGGUGAAGCUAUUGAACAAGUGCCCUGGUUCAAGUACCUUGGUAUCCCGUUUACGGCAGAGGGCAUCGACACCAACCGUUUGAUCCAGACAAACGCUACCAAAACCAUUAGCGCCAUAGUUUUGCUUUGCAAUAUCGGCGCUCAUCAAUACAACUUUGGCCUCGGUCUCGCCCUGCGCCUAUAUCGCAGCUUUGUUCGUCCUGUGCUGGAGUACGGCCUAGCAAUCUUCACCCCAACCGCCACACAAUAUACCGCCCUCGAAAAGGUGCAGAUUCGUUGCAUUCGGUUAGCAUUGAACGUUACCGGCCCUGCUGCCACCACACCAACAAUCGUCCCCCUCCACCUUGCUGACUUGCCGUCAAUCAAACUUCGAGUGCGUAUCUUGCUGUUCAAGUUUUUGUGUCGUGCGUUCCGUUUGCCACCGUCAACCUUGCUCGCAUGUGUCGUUUCUUCAUUUCUUCGUCGCCAUCACCCACCCGACUAUUGGUGCGUCAUGACAACAAAUAAGUUAUGGGUAGACGAAAAAGAAGUAACUCGCCAAGCACCACUGCCACGCGACCCCAUGCAGCACGUAAUCGACAGUCACCACUGGGGGGUAAAAUUGCAAAGCCGCCGCAACUGGUUCUCCACUGUGCGAUGUGCUUUGCCGGAACAGAGAUGGGAUCCAAUCCUGUUUCUGCCCGCCACCAAUUUGGCUCGCCACCGCCUUGUCAAAUGGCGCAUGCAUUGGCUGCCAUCAUAUCCAUUAAAGGAUUGCUGCUGCGGCAAAGUGGGAGCCAACCGACGCCACUACACCAAUGGUUGUCCUCUUUUGGCGCCAAUGGUCAAGCAAUUACGCAACAGUUUCCCUGGGCCUGUGCAAGACGACCAACAUCUGCUGGAUGCAGUCUUCAACAGCUUGCCAAACAAAGCAACAGCACUCAAGAAUGGCCAUUGGCGAUCUAUAUGGCUCGUGCUUCUGCUUACGCUCCGUGAUAUCGACAUUUGCAGUCAUCCAGAUGCCACCUUUAAUCCCGAACCUCAUCCAAGGCAGGUCCUUGAUGGGUUCUUUUCACCACCAUUACCACCACCUACAUAA